CUUCAUUCCAAAAUAAUUUACACUUACAAAAUUCCCGAAAUUACGAUGAAUACAUAAAAUGAAAUGGAGAAUGAAAAGAAAGACGCCCAGUCGCCAGAGAAAUGUCCUUUCCAAUUAAUUCAGCACAAUGACGUUACGUUUAUUGGUUGCGAUUCCAGCCAUCGCGAUUUGGAAAAGUGCCGCAGCUGCCUUGCUCCCUUUUGCCGUAAGCCCAUUAAGAUUUACCAUAAUUCCCGGAACUGUCUGGCCUGCGAGGUCCAAAGCUCACAGUCCAGAAAAAAUUCUACGAGGUCUCUGCCAGUACAAUUUUCACUUAACAAGGAAAAGGAUAACGAGUCCCCGUGGCAUUGGUCCCACGGUAAAAGAUGCAUACAAUGCACGGCUCCCAAGUGCAAAACAUUUUCCAGGACUUCCAUUCAGUCCGGAAAGCUUAAACAGCAUAGCAAUUCUCGGUUAAACGAAUUUGAAGAAUACAAAAUGCCCAAAAUUCGAUCUAGGCCCAUAAAACAAGCUAUACUAAGAGAAACCAAUAAGUACCGAAGGCUCCACAACGCCAAGCCCCUGAAAAUGGAUGAGAAACUGUGUUCCUAUGCACAGGAGUGGGCAGAUCAAUUGGCUGAUCAAAAUACACUGGAAACUCGACCUACUCCGCUUUAUGGCGAGAAUAUAAUGUGUGUCCGGAGAUCCAAUUUCUCCGUGCAGCAAAUACUAAAACUGUGGUACCAGGAAAAGUACAACUACGAUUACUUGAAGCCCGGCUUUGAUUUGUACACUGGGCAUUUUAGCCAGUUGGUUUGGAGGCAGACGGAGUUCCUGGGAGUGGGCGUGGCAUGCGAUGUUUCCUCCAUUUGGAUUGUUUGCAAUUACAACCCGCCUGGAAAUGUAAGCGAUCACUUUACGGAGAAUGUCCUGCCUAGAAAAUUCCUUCUACCUAAAUCGGAUUUGGUUGCGGAGGAAACUAGAAAAGCUAGCCAUACUAAAUAAAGAAAAAUACUGGACCC